UCGGCCUAAUUUAAAGCAUAGAAAACCCCGAAAGUUUCUCUGUGUGUUUGAGUAUUUUAAUUAAAGCUACAUUUUAUUUGCUUUCUCUAUAUUAAAACUAAAUGUCCAUGGAUCGGCUGGAGGUGUUGCGAGAGCACAAUAAACAGUUACUGGACCAGCUGAGGCAGCAUGGAGAGAAACUGGAGCGGCUGUGCGGCUGCAGUGAAAGCCGCAAGAGGGAGAGAGAUGGAGUUGAGGAGAGAGGACCACUUGAAGAAACGGUCUGGAUGACCGGUGGAGACCGCGGCCCUGCAAGGGCAACCCUAGCCAAGUCUUCCGUGAAGUUUGCCGACACUUGUGAGAAAAGAACAGUCAUCAAAAAGACUGUUUUCACACCAUCUUUCACCAAACACAGAGAAGGAACUGCUGAACAAACAGUUAAAUCAGAUCUCAUUAGAGGCAGCAAGAAACAGGACACAGAGCCAUUCAGCACCAAGCCCUGUGUAGUAAAUCCGAGCAAAGGACAGAGGGGUGUGCAGAGCAGGGUCACGUUUCAGUCGAACGAUUUCAAAGACAUACUUGACCCAGAGAGGCAUCACCUACCACCCUUACUCGGAUAUGACUGGAUAGCAGGAGUGCUGGAUACUGAGGACUCCUUGAUAGAGCGCUCAGACGAGUUCUUCAAUGAUCUCUGUGUAUUUCGAUCACUCAAUAAGGAUGAGUGUGUCCACAGUGGACAAACCGAAUUCUCUGAGGAGAACCAUCCAGUCACACCACUGCUAACAGACAAGGAUGGCCCACAAGCUAACAUGGACACUCAUCAGUGUACAUUCUCUUACAGGAUUAACAGCAGACUGUUCCCAGUCCCCCUCCACUCUCAGGAGUGCUGUCCUUUGUGCAAAAAGCCCAAAUCCUCCCACCCUCACACUGUUGCUGAACCUGCUCUAAUCAGGGUCAGCAUCCCUCGCACCAGGCUUCUGCCACCUUACAAAUACAAAGCUCAUCGGCGAUGCAGCUUUGACCCUUCUGACAGUUUAGGAUUGCCAUCGCACUGUCUAUCAGGGUGGUCCAACACAGGGCAGAGCACCCUGCCACCACCCAGCAGCCUCGACCUGCAGAGCAGUGUUAAUGUGAAGAACCCAAAAGGACCACUGAAUAAACAACUGGAGGAUCAGCCUGCACUGAAGGUGUCUCAUAACCCAAACCUGGACCAGAUCUCAGAUGUGGCUCGCUUAGCUCGUCACAACUUUCAACGGUUCAAUCCAAAAAGAAGAGUGGGCGGCAUAUCUUACCCUCCUUACCCUGCGUGCUGAUAAACUAUCAAAGUAUACUGAGUGGGCUUUUUUUGUUUGUUUGUUUUAAGCGCCAAAACUGAAAACCUUGAGAGAAUGUCUAAAAAGUUUUGUGAUAGAUGACAGAUUAGAUUAAUUUAUUCAUGUCUGUACAAUAAAACUUGAAUAAC